AUGUCGGCCUCGACUGAAUCGAGCGCAACCAAUGUAGAUUCUCACAGUGAGGAUGCGCCCCGGGUCGAAGCGCUAUUCCUCAUCAAAUUCGACAAGAAAGUUGGCUAUACAAUCGCCUGGAAACGCACAACGACACCGGGCGUUACGCUCGAUAACGCCGUUGAAUACAAAUCGCUACCCUCAGGUCUGCACUCAGUGCAGAACGACCUCGUCUACUUUACCCAUGACGGUUAUGCUGGGCUCAGCGCCUUCGCAAAGGGCGACGCGAGCGCAGAGGAUCGCAAUGCCACCUUCGUUUCCGUGGGGAUCCUAAUUCAGAAGGAGGGCAGAUUCGGGAGGCUGGGAAGGAGUUGGCUACUUGCCGGCCGCUUGGAGAGGUUGGCUGCGACUCUGGCGGACGACCCCCAAGCUGUGACACCGCUGGACGAGUUCUGGCAGGAACAAGUCUCGAGACAUAGCACAGGGGACGCCUCAGAUGCCGGAGAGGCGAAGGGUCACAGCAGAGCGCGCGCCAUAUCCACCGUCAGCGCAGUCGUGAAAGACGAGGAGAGCCUCCCGGACUACCACCCGGCCCUGUCUAUACAGCGCUUCCUCGACGUAUUCGGGCCAUUGGUCUUCCGGCUGCAACAAGCGGCCCUGCUGAGGAAACGGAUUCUCUUCGUGGGCGUCCCGCCGGUCAGGACGGCUUGCGAGUUCGUCUACAAUCUGUCUGUACUGUCUAGCAUAUCACCCCGCGACACCGAGCGUUUGCCUCCAGAGACCGAAAACCUCCUCCGUCUACCGACCCUCUUCUCCGUCGGCGUACACGACAUACCUCUCCUCGACGACCUUCGCAAGCCCAAACACGGCGGACACACACCAGACCUUGAGCCAUCAGAGGGCUGGGCUGCGUGCACAACUGACGAAAUCAUCGUCACAAAGACACAGCUCUACGACAUCAUCGUCGAACUACCGCCCACUUACGAUGCGCUCCCACAAGAACGACGCUGGCCACGGAUACGAACGAGCGAUGGCAGUUUGAUCAAGGCCAGCCAGCGGGACGUUGCGCGCUACAAGCUUUUGCACAAAGAGCUUUUCAAGCAGCGUACUAGAUCGGAAACAUCGCCCGAGCCGUAUACGGACGACGAGAACGACGACACUGCGCCCCUGCUGUCGCGCGACGAGGUCGAUACCAAACGCGCCGACGACGACUUCAACGAAGCAUACGACGACACGGUGGUAGAACCAACAACGUGGUCGAGGCUUGCAUACAUGGGCUACAUGUGGUGGGCUUCGGCUGGCGAGAGAGACGCAUACACGACAGCGGAGCGGGAGACGGACCGCGAGCUGAUUGGCGACCUCUCCGCCUACUCACAGUCGUUGGAGACAGCAAUCAUUGCGUACUUCCAUCGACAGUCUUCGCUGCUCAUACGAACGCUGUCGCAAAUCAUCGAGGCGGAUAUACAAGGCGAAAGAGGAGACGAUGACGAUAAUGACAGCGAUGCAUUGAUUGUGGACAGAGACGACUUGUCGCGAAUGGGGCUAGAUACAUGGUCAGAGGCUGAUCGAGCCUUUGUGCAGGAGUUCGGUAGUCUGUACUUUGGACGUACUGUUGGGGUCAAGGGCAGUGAAGUGGAGUGCUGUGGUCUGCGGGUGCCAAUCUUCUAG